GCAGCUACGUAGAGAAAAAGGCAAAGUGAAAGGGAAAGACUUCGCUUCGCAGCCAGCGCAAUGGUGGUGGAACAGGUAGCAGUAGUUGUGUCAUUUGUGUUGAGCUUGGUCGUGAAUGGUUUGUCAUCCACUGGCAUUCUUGGAGGUCAGUCGAUUGGGGAAAUUUCCGACGAGAAUCCGACAUAUGUUACGCCAGAUGGUCUGACCUUCAGCGUUUGGGCUGUGAUCUACACGCUUGAGCUGAUCCUUGUGAUUCGCCAAAUUCAACCAGCCGACGACAUGGAAGCAUUGCUGCAGAGAAGCUGCCCUUUGACAGGCUUGUCCGUUCGUUGGCGGUUGGUGCUUGCAUUCCUAACCAAUGCGAUUUGGCUGCCGGUCUAUGUGAACUUAUACUUUGGAGUAGCUUUGUUGAUCAUUGUCACAUACUUGGUGUUCCUGUUGUCUAUCUUUGGUGACUUGAACACCAUGACAGCACCAGGCUUUUGUGAAUGGCUGACCUUUUGUGCGGGAAUCGCAUGCAAUGCCAGUUGGGUGGUAGUGGCCACUUGUGCGAAUGCCUUCACUGUUGCGGGGACUUUUGGGUGGAAGGACGAAUUUGGAGUCGCUGGCACUCCAUUUGCUGCUUCUGUCGUGGCUGUGGUUGUGGCCGUCAUUGGCAUUUUCAUGGGUGUUCUACGAAGUGAUUUGGCAUGGUCCUUGGUAGUGUCCUGGGCGCUGGCCGGAUUGUACAGGAUGCACACCGUUGCGAAUCCAGAGUCCUUUCCGGAAGAAGCAAUGAGCCGUCAUUUGGCUCUAGUCGCAAUUUGGUGUUCUGGCGUGGUGCUCUUGGCUUCGCUUUUCGGAACCUUCUUGGUCUCCAGCAACGGCGCCUUCUCCGGAAGUAAAGGUUUGCCAGGUGCAGUGCCGCUGUCCUUGCCAUUGGCGACGAACCCAAGGGUGGCUACUGUCGGAUGAUUUGAGGAAAAUGAGUUGAUCCAAUUCAAGCUGGGUUUCUUUCAGCUUGGCUAUUGUCUCCAACGAAGUUUGGUGCAUGAGACCCGGAUAGGGCGGUGUUUGAUCCAUCAGCCCCUUUUUGGGGGGUCAACCGCUGCACUUCUACGAUCGUCUUGACGCAGCAAGCGCUGCACAACUUCCUGUGCCAGAAAGCGUUGCAGGAAUCUUGCCACAACUGCAAUAUGCAUACUUUGGUGGGUGAAAA